CAUGGGCCUUUCUUUCUUCUCUUUCUCAAUUCCCCCACUCUUUUUUUCACCAACCAAACACAAUAUUCAAUUUUCUAUCAGAGCGCAAGUACCAGACCCCGUUUUCUUUGCGCAACUUCAACUAAGCUAGGGUUUGAUUUGAAGGCGAAAGAGACACUCUCGAAAGACAAUGAGAAAUGCAGACUGGUAAUUCCAUGAUGAGGCCAAUGAAUCCAAUGCCUCCGAUGAAUCCAGUGACAUUCUUCACACCCACUCCACCUCCUCAUUCUCAUCCUCAGCCCUGGUUUCCGAUACUACCUCCAGCUCCUCCACCUUCGAGCGCUUUUUGGGAAUCCACAAAUGUGCGUGAUCGCAUGAAGGAGCUACGCGACACGAUCGAUCUCGCGAGAGCCAUGGAAAAAGAGCUAGAGGGAUUGAUUAGGAUCAAGGAUAUUAAAGGGUCUAUGGAAGGUAUAGAUGAUGGGUCUGCCGAGAAUUUGGUGUUGAGGCUCUCUAGGUUUCUAGAUGAUCAUAAAAUUGAUUUAGUAUCACAAGAGUCACUUUCAUUGCAAGUUACAAAUGCUAUAAUGUCAAAGUUAGGAGCUCAACUUGAGCCGUUAAGAGUUGUCGCGGAUGAAACAAGUCGGUGGGAGGAAAAGUCUGCAGCAGUCAGAUUAGCUAAUAAGAUGCAGAAAUCUAAACGGAACAAACAAUGGAGGAAAAGAAAGAGGAAGAAUAUUGCAGAAAUGCGUGCGAAGGAGCAUGAGAGAUUUGACCAAGCUGAUCAAGCAGCUGAUGAAUGGAGGGCUAGGGAGAUUGCAAAGGAUAUAGCAAAACGAAAGGUGGAAAAGAUGAAGGAAAUUGCAAAACUUAAAGCAAAAGAAGAGAAAAAGAUAUUAGAAUCUGAGCUGGAGCUUGUAUUGAUUGUGGAGAAGUUGCAAGAAUUGCGGUCUCUUAGGAUCCAAAAAUUGAAAAAACAAGGCCAUUUUCUCCCAGAGGAGGAUGACAAGUUCCUUGAAAAAGUUCGAGCUGCUGUUGAGGAAGAGGAGCGCCAAGCAAUAGCAGCAGCUGACACAGAUGCUGCUAAGGAUGCAAUUGCAACUGCCGAGGAAUCUAGAAAACACAUUCAGGGUCAUGGGCCUGACUCAGAACUCGUAAGGAGUGAUAAAGGUGGAAAUGAGGAUAGUCAAGAUCAGGCAACUCAGAUUGAAAACAAAAGAAGCUCGGGUGCGGUCACUGACAAGGAAUCUGGAAAGCAAGGAUCUGAAGGACCAAGUCAUGGUGGGGCAAAUGAUUCUGUGGCAAGUUUACCAAUUGAGUUUUAUCACUAUUAUCAUGGCAGCAAUACUGAUAUGGGGACACUUAUAGAGGUUAGAAGAACAUGGGAUCAAUAUAUCAGACCAGGGGGAAGCCGAAUACCAGGGCACUGGGUUCAACCACCACCUCCAGCAGAUGAGGUAUGGGCAUCUUACCUCGUGCAGCCUAAAUGAUGACCCUCUGUAUUGCUAAGUUGGUGGCUGGUAUUGUCACAUAGGGAUGGUGUUAUGGUAUCUGGUAUAUUUUUUGACAUCUUGACCUUCGGAGAUCUUUUUCUUUAUUUCUUGGUUUGGUAGCAUAAUUUGUGUUGGAUCUGGUAUGUACUUUCGACAUAAUUGGCUGGCUUUGUAGGCCUUUUCCAUGGUUUGGUAUAGCAUAAUUUUGUUGGAUACUUGAACUCACAUUCUUUCUUCCUCUGAAUGAAUGGAUGAACUCAAUCCCUAUUAUCUUUCUCUUA